ACGUAACGGGCGGGAAAUCCACAUGGCCGCCCGAUGUCGCUGCCGCCAACGACGAACGAUGACUUGAUGGAGGAGCUGUAUCCGACGCGUGUAGCUCCCUGGCGCGUACAGGAAGCUGCCGCGGAUGGGCCUGCCAUCCCAAGACCUCUAGAGGACCUUGUUUGCGAAGAAUGCGAGAAGCGGCAGGCUGUGUACAGAUGCCUCGACUGCCGCGAAACCUUGUGCCACAACUGCGCCAACGCGAUUCAUAUUAUCCAAGUGUACGCAAGCCAUGCCAUUCGCCACCUGCAGCAAGGGGACACUGGAUUCGUCGCCGGUUCCCGGUCCGCGCCGCCAUUCCAUCUCACGCCGCCACCGACGCUGGCAUCUCUACACAUCCAUUCGUUGCGGUGGGGCGAUAUCGUGACCUUUCGCGAUCCCAUGCUUGCCCGAGGGCUCCUCUUUGGCACCGUCGUCGAAGCCGACCAGCCGCGUCGCGGUGACCACCACAGCCAGUUCGUUCGAGUGUUGUGGAUUCGGGGGGUCCUUCCACUGCCCAAUGCGACGUACUUGGCUGUACUCACCCUUCCGCACGGCUUCUGGCCGAUUCCGAUCCAGAGCUACGUGAGCAUGUACCAUGCAUACCGGGCUGCGGUCGCGGCCGAACGGCGGACGCGGAAGCUAUGGCGGCGGGAAAAGUACGCUGGUCGACUGCGCGACUUGCGGCAACUCGUUCAGUUUCCGAGCGAAGCGCUCUUGCGGGAAAUCUUGGCCGACAUCCACGCUGCUUUAGACAACGUGAUGGAUGCACACAUGGCACGCGACGACUUCUUGUCGCAAGUGAGCCACCCGCCCCUGAGCGUCGAAGGCGACGAAACCUUGUCGGUUGAAUCCGAUGCGCCAUACCCGCCGACCCACCGCGUUCGGGUUGUGCUUGUCCCGGCAGAGUCGCUUCGUACACUCGACGCGUGUCGACAGCAGCACCUCCACAACGUCAUUGGGCACAUGGUGGACCUGUACAUCGGCGCUGCGUGGAAGGCACUCGUGCGGAACAUGACCGAGGCCCGACGGAGAGAUCGCGACGCUGUCGAAAAUGCAAACGCGGCGCAUAUUCAAGCGUGGUUUAGGCAUAUGUGGCGCCGGCAAGUUCAACGGCGCAUGGCAGAAGGGCGGUCGAGUGGAAUGGAUGCAAUCGAAGUGCUGCGGCGCGCACAGAGCCGUCGUGAUGCAGUUCAAAAGAUGGAUGCCAUUUGGGCUAAAACGCUCCGUCGACUCAAGUGGCGGGGCGUGCGGCGGUGGAAGGCUGUCACCGAAGCAUUGCAUGAGUACAUUGCCCCUCGGGACGCCCCGUGGCAUCCAGGAAUGGGUGUGCGGCUGCACAAGCUGCCUCGAGCAUACGCGCACAUGAAACCCGACGGUAGCCUGGCGGUCGAGGACAUCACAAAGUACAAGCAAUUUCGCCAAAACCACAGUGGCCCCACGGCGUCAUCGUACUGGAUUGUGCGAGAGCGCAUCCUCUUGGGCUCGUACCCUUGUGGUCCAGCCUUUCCUGACAAGCGUGGGAAGCAGCGCGUCGCCGCCCGCUCGGACAGCAUCACGUGCAUGCUGCUCGAACAAAUUGGGACGUUUGUGUGUCUCCUUGAAGACGCGGAAGUCCGGCACCUUGAGGCCGCGCUCCCGCCCGAAGACGUUGCACCCACCGACAGCCACACCAACCCCAACGACCCAACCGUGCCACCGUUUGCAUUCAGCGCCAUGCUCCAACUGCGCCAUGCCAAGCUCCGCGCGGAACUCGAACACGCCGUCGUCGCGGCCGAAAAGUACAUGAAUAUGGCGACCAAGACCUUGGACCAACUGCAACAACGAGGACCAGAAGUGGAGGAUUUUGUCAUGGAUCUGAGUGUGAAAAAGAAAGCGCUGGCACAGAACAGCCUGACCCAAGCCGUCGCGACCCUCAAACAACUCCAGCCUCUACACAUCCUACACAUUCCCAUCGCCCACAAUCACGCCCCUCGUGAGCCCGACCUGCGCCGCCACCUGCAGCUCCUUGAAACACGCCUGCGCGAUGGAGAGAACUUGUACAUUUUCAGUCGUGAAGGUCGCGGGCGAACGGGCCUGCUUGGAGCGCUCCUUCUUGGCCGUUUGUAUGGCCUAAGCCCGAUCCAAGCAUUGGAGCGCCAGCAGCGUUGCCAUGACUGCCAGCGCGCGGUCGCAGGCCUCUCGUCCACCCGAUUGAUCUCGUCGCCUGAAGCCCAGAUGCAGAUCCACAUGGUGCAUCAAUUUCUCCGAACCAGGACCGACACCAUCUACGCCAACGUAGUCACGACUGGCGAGGACGGCGCAUAUCGCGUCGUGCGAGCCCAGCGCCGCGGCCUGGGCGUCCAGAGCUACGUAACGAGCAUGGGCUUCAUGGUGGACGCAUUUCCAAACGCGGACGCCAUUGCAACUGAACACGAUGCGGACGUUCGUGCGAACCGAGCUGCCAAGAAAGAAAUUCGUGCCAUGCAACUUCGGUGGCGACGGAGGCAGCAAGCGCAAGAAGCCGCCAAAAUGGCCGCUCUCGACGCCGAUGCCCGUCCUCCCGGCUUUGAUGCAACCGCUUCCCCAAACGCUGACGUCGAUUCCGUUGUUGCGGUCGUGCUGUCCUAGAUGAUCGAGUGGCUGGUCUCUUUGGCCAGCUGUCAAACCGAUGCAGAAUUUCCAGUGGCCGCAGCAGAAGACCAUCCCAAGAGGGUGGCAGACGCACCGCCGAUGGAACGCGGCGUCCUCCCGCAGGACAAGGCAGACCACGCACAUGCAGAAAGCUAAACUAACCUAUAUUAAUUCAAGACGCUGUCGAUGAGGUCGACGUGAGACUGGUCGGGGAACUUGGGCAACGAGAUGCCGCAGAUCUUUUGAACGACACGCAUGACCUGGCACGAGUACCCGAACUCGUUGUCGUACCAGACGUACAAGAUGACCUUGUUGCCACGGACAAUGGUGGCUUGGCCGUCCACGAUACCGGCGGCGCGGUACCCGACAAAGUCGGACGAUGCCGCUUCGUUCGAGUUGAUAAAGUCGAUUUGGUGCUGCAGAGGCGAGUUCAAGCUCAACUUGGCCGCGUACGCGUUGAUGUCGGCCGCGGUGAACGCGCCGGCCUUUUCCGGGUUCAAGUGCAGCGUCAUGAUGGCCAAACUCACGUUGGGCGUUGGCACGCGGAUCGAGUUGGCCGUCAGUUUGUUCUUCAUCGUUGGCAUCACGAUUUCGACGGCGGCAGCAGCGCCCGUUUCGGUGAUCACCAUGUUCAUGACAGCACUGCGACCACGGCGUUCCUUCAUGUGGUAGUUGUCGAUCAAGUUUUGGUCGUUCGUGAACGAGUGCACAGUCUCGAUGUGGCCUUCGUCAAUGCCGUACUUGUUGUCCAGCGCGAACAAGAGCGGCGCGAUCGCGUUGGUAGUGCACGACGCGCAUGAAUAGAUCUUGUUUUCGCUGUUGAUCACGUGGUCGUUGACACCGGCGACAAUCGUGGGGACCGAGUUGCCCUUGGGCGGGGCGGUCAGCACCACUUUGGACACACCAGGGCUCCGAAGAUGGCGUCCCAAGCUCUCGGCGUCGCGCCAAAUACCUGUGUUGUCAAUCACGACGGCAUCCUCAAUCCCGUACGACGUGUAGUCGCAUUUGUCCGGGCCGUCCGAGUAAAUGACUUGGAUCACGUUGCCGUUUGCAAUGAACGCGUUCGCUUCUUCGUUGAAUGAGAUCGUGCCUUGGAACGAGCCGUGGACAGAGUCGCGGCGAAGCAAGCUGGCUCGCUUUUUCAAAUCUUCCUUCGAUCCCUUGCGGACGACAAUAGCACGCAACAUGAGCUUCGCACCGGACCCGGACUUUUCGAUGAGAAGUCUCGCCAGGAGACGACCAAUGCGACCAAAACCGUACAACACAAUGUCGCGGGGCUUGGUCAACGCCAGAGCACGAGGCGACGUUUGAAUGAUCAAUUGCUUCAACACACGCGCAACGUCAUCCUUGGUGGGGGCCUUGGUGUUGGCACCACCACACACAAGCAAGUACGUGCGUCCCAAAUCCAGUCGAGUCGCGCCCAACGAGUCGAGCUCUGUGAUGACUUGGAGCACCGGGAGGGUAUCAGUGGGCAUCAUUUCCUUGCCGACGUGCUUGCACACAUACGAGUGGAGCUUAAUGAUGUCGAUGCUGUUUUGGUGGACAAGGCCUUUGCCAAAAAUCGUCGUGACAAUAUUCUUACGGCGGUACAGGUUGCCGAUCAACGGCACCAUAAGGUCGGCGGCUUCUUCUUGGGAGUUCCACGUUUGGAUUUCAUCCAAGCACAGAGCUGAAAUCGCGACGGGGUCCAUGAUGCACCGAACGGUUGUCGGCAAAAUGGAGAAUGACCCGCGUC